GAACCAAACAAACCUUACUCCACCACUCUCUUCACCCAUUUAUCCACAAUACACUCUCACUCUGUGUUGAUAUUACUUAAUUUUUUUUUUCCCCUUUCUUUCUUCAUUCUAUUCUAUUCUAUAUUCAAUUCAAUUCGCCAUGGCUGGUUUGCUAGAAACCCUAGUUGUCCCACGCGCCUCCGCUUUCCCGUCCGCCUCUUCCGCCGCCGGCGCCGGAUCCAGCUCCGUCCGAUUCUCCGAGUUCAGGGGACUCAAGAUCCAGCCGACUCGCUCCUCCGCCAAACUUAGGUCGAAUUUGAAAUUCGCUCGCCGUGGUGGUUCAAUCGUCUGCGAGGCGCAGGAAGCUGUCCAAGUGGCAGGCGUUACCGAUUCAAACUGGCAGACUCUCGUGCUCGAUGCUGAUCUACCCGUCCUGGUCGAAUUUUGGGCACCGUGGUGUGGGCCCUGCCGCAUGAUCCACCCCGUCAUUGACAAGCUGGCAAAGGAAUAUUCCGGGAAGCUCAAGUGCUACAAGGUCAACACCGAUGAGAGCCCUUCAAUUGCAACGCAGUACGGGAUCCGAAGUAUUCCAACCGUCAUAAUAUUCAAGAACGGAGAGAAGAAAGAUGCAGUGAUCGGCGCGGUUCCGGAAUCGACUUUGACGACCUGCAUAGAGAAAUUCUUGUAGAAAUGGUGAGUGUAUACAUUAUAUAAUAUGUUCUCUCCCAUGAAACGUAAUACCCCCGUCUUUUUAUUUAUGCUCGCUAAAUAAACCGUAUAAGCUCGUGUAUAGUUGAUGUUGCUGCUGUAAUCUAUGUUUUCUCCAAGAUUAUGUUAGUCAUUAAUUAUUCAUACUUCUGAAAUUCCUCUUUGCAU